UCGCCCCAGCAGUGCAGGGGCCAGGGAGGAGCGAGGGAGGGAGCAGGGUGCCACAUAGAUAGCGAUUCCCUCCGCCCGCCCCCUCCCCGCUGGCCCGGCCCGGCUCGGCCUCUGGUCCGGCAGAGCCCGCAAGGGUUAAAGGCGGCCACAGGUGAGGUGGGCGGGGCCGCGAAUUCGGGAAAAAGGAGCGCAGGGCCGAGGAUGAAGGCAGAGAGCGCGGUGAGUCACGGGCGGAGCUGUCCUCGCUCGCUCGCUCGCCGGCUCCCGCCCGCCCUCCACCCUCCCGCCGCCUCUCUCCGCCCCUCCUCCGCCGCCAGCCGCCGGGUCUUGUUGCGGCCCCCUCUCGCCCUCGGCUCCUGCCCCUCGCCGCUGGACAGCCCGCCGGCGCGCGAGGCCCAGGAGCGCCCGUCGGGAGGGCGCCAGCCUGCCGUGCCAGGCGCCCGAGCGCAGCCUCGAGGUCCCACCUGAGGUGCCCUUGACCAUCCCUGUCCCCCACCCCACCCCGGAUCCCGGCAAUGCUAACCGCUGUCUGUGGCUCUCUGGGCAGCCAGCACUCGGACGCGCCUCCCGCCUCCCCGCCGCGCCUCGACGUGCAGCCUCUCCAAACAUACCAGGGCCACACGAGCCCCGAGGCCAGGGACUACCCCUCCUCGCUGCAACCUGGAGAGCUGCAGAGCCUCCCGCUGGGCCCAGAGGUGGACUUCUCACAGGGCUAUGACCUGCCGGGGGCCUCCACUCGGGUAACCUGCGAGGACCUGGAAAGCGACAGUCCCUUGGCCCCGGGACCCUUUUCCAAGCUCCUGCAGCCGGACAUGUCACACCAUUACGAAUCGUGGUUCCGGCCGACACACCCAGGCACCGAGGAUGGCUCGUGGUGGGACCUUCAUCCGGGUACCAGCUGGAUGGACCUCCCCCCCACUCAGGGCGCGCUGACCUCACCUGGCCACCCCGGGGCGCUUCAGGCUGGCUUGGGGGGCUACGUCGGAGACCACCAGCUUUGUGCCCAGCCGCCCCACCCACACCCGCACCCGCACCCGCACCACCUCCUCCCAGCCGGCGGAGGGCAGCACCUCCUCGGGCCUCCCGACGGGGCGAAGGCCUUGGAAGCAGCCGCCCCGGAAUCCCAGGGGCUGGAUACCAGUCUGGAUGGGGCGGCCCGGCCCAAAGGCUCCCGGCGGUCAGUGCCCCGCAGCUCAGGCCAGACCGUGUGCCGCUGCCCCAACUGCCUGGAGGCGGAGCGACUGGGGGCUCCGUGCGGGCCCGAUGGGGGCAAGAAGAAGCAUUUGCACAAUUGCCACAUCCCGGGCUGUGGGAAAGCCUACGCCAAGACAUCGCACCUGAAGGCACACCUGCGCUGGCACAGCGGCGACCGCCCCUUCGUGUGCAACUGGCUCUUCUGCGGCAAGCGCUUCACGCGCUCCGACGAGCUGCAGCGCCACCUCCAGACCCACACCGGCACCAAGAAGUUCCCCUGCGCAGUCUGCAGCCGAGUCUUCAUGCGCAGCGACCACCUGGCCAAACACAUGAAAACCCACGAGGGCGCCAAAGAGGAGGCUGCCGGGGCGGCGGCGGGAGAGGGCAAGGCCGGCGGAGCGGAGCCCCCCGGGGGCAAAGGCAAGCGCGAGGCCGAGGGCAGCGCGGCUCCCUGCAACUGA